AUGAAACAUCUGGUGGAUGAGAGUUCCUGUCAGGAGAAGGAACUUACAAUCAAGGACUACAAACGCAGCAUCCAGGAAUUUGAGAACAUGCAGAAGAAACUUAAGCACACUGCAGCUGCUAAUUCCAGAAAAUACAAGGAGAUGUGGCUAAUGUGUGAUGCAGAGGUGAAUCAACUAGCAGAGAGGGCUUUGGUCAUCGACUCGCUGAUCUGCAAGAACCUUGGUUUAUCCUGGGAGCAGCCUCCUAUGGCCUUCAUGGAAUGCUCCAGUCCUAUCCAGCCUCAGAAACAGGCCCACAGGCACAGCCGCCAGGGCAUCUCCCAGGUGUUUCAAACUGGACAGGCUUUACAGUGCAACCACAAGAUGAUGGGUGCCUCAGGUGGGCUGGAGACCAAUGCAGAGAGCUCAGACAUGGAAAUGCACAAAGAAGGGACAGCGGUGCAGAGUGAGAGUGGUGCAGAUGUGGAGGGGGAGGAGCUGUCAAUGGAGACACUGAAUAAAGUGAUGGAGGUGCUGUAUGAUGAGGUGGGUUUCCUAACUGAGGGUAAACCCCUAGAGCUGCUGACUCUGCUGGAGAAGGAAGAACAGACUGUUGUGAAGCUAGACACUCUAAUGAGUUCUUUGGGCAUUGAAGAGAAGGAUGUACCCAAGCUGGCUCCUUUCUUAUUAAAGUACAAUCAACAGCAGACUGAGGAUGUUUGUGGUGAGCUGGCUGAGACAGCAGAGACCAGCUCUAUGACUAAUCUGACCUCUGAACUCAUCGAUCCUAAACAUGUCCUACCUGCUCUUAAAAGUUUCCUUGAGCAGCAGAUGAGAUUCAGGGAGAGCUCAGCCCACCAACAGACCAACCAGCUGCAUUUAGAAACCCAGGAUAGUUCAGAGGAUAAAGCCUACUGGGAGAGUAUGGGCAACAUUAUCUUGGAGGACAAACUUAAACUCUGGGACACUGCAGAGAAAGCACUGAAGCAGUACAUCAAGAUCCUCACAGACAUCUCGGACCUCACCUUUGAGACAAAGAGCCUGGAGCACGAGAACACAGAACUGCGGAUGCUGCUGCAACAACCACUCAGUGCAGCUGAGGGAAAAGAGAGUUUGGUUAAAGCUUCAAGAGUGAAGAAGCAUCGCAAAACAAAAUAAAAACAAUUCUACAGGCAUAAAUGAUCUAAAGCAUCUUGAACCUUUUUCAUAGGAUACAUUUUUUACAUGUUAUAGAAAGAAAAGCACAGAUAUAAAAAAUUCAUAAAUAAAGACUGCAUUACAGUUAGAAGUCAGUUUCAGUUCUAGUAUUAUUAUGUAGGCUGCACUGACAUGGCUCAUUCGGACUCUUAUAUGCAUUACAUAUGUAUUAAUGUUAUUAGUUACCUCUCUGUUUGUUCUGCAAUAGACACAAUCUUUAAUCAUACUCUUUAAUACAUACUGUAUCUGCUCUUUCUUCUAUUCACUUGUAGACCAUAUGACUAAUGAAACAUGCAUAACCUGCUUUGCUGUCAUCUCCUUUGGCUACUGGGAAUUUAUAGCUUAAUUUAAUAAUGUGCCAUUACCUUGUUUUGUACAAUAUUACACUAUAAAUAUUGCUCUCAAAUACUUGUUUACAGCUUGUAAUCCCAGUAGUUUAUAUUUUAACCCACACUGAAACUACAUCACAUGC